AUGGAGUUAAAAACUCCAAAUAGUGAAAAGGGCCCACCGUUCCUUCUGCCCUGCCCGUUUUUAUUUCUGCCCUGCCCCUAUCGAUCGCGACCCGGCCGCCCGCUAGAGCUGCCCUGCCCCACACGUUCGCGCCUGCCCUGCCUAGCGCGCUGCCCUGCCCGCGCUGCCAUGCAGCCCGUGAGCCCUGCAGCCCGCGCGCCUGCUCGCCCUGCCCGCGCGCCCUGCAGCCCGCGCGCCCUGCAGCCCCCGCGCCUGCGCUGCCCGCGCCCCGCGCACCCUGCUGGGCCCCGCGCGCCCUGCUUCCCGCGCUCCGCGCGCCCUGCAGCCCGCGCUGCCCUGCAGCAAGUCCGCCCUGGCCGCGCGCCCUGCAGCCCGCGCUGCCUUGCAGCACGCGUGCCUGCGCUGCCCGUGCCCCGCGCGCCCUGCCACGCCCCACGCACCCUGCUGCCCGCACCCCACGCGCCCUGCUGCCCACGCCCCGCGCGCCCUGCUGCCCCUGCGCCCUGCAGCCUCUGCGAGCCUACUGCCCACGCGCGCCCUUCUGCACGUGCGCACCCUGCUGCUAACGCGCCCUGCUGCCCCGCGCCCCGCGCACCCUGCAGCCCCUGCGCCCCGCACGCCCUGCUGCCCGCGCGCUGCCUUAACCACCCGCGCGCUGCCCUAGCUGCCCGCGCGCUGCCCUAG